AUGCCUGGCCUUAAUAGGUCGGCGGCCACGCCGCCGCCGGACAAAAAUGCCCUCACGACGGCGGAGUUUGUCAAAUUUGACAUUGACUACACGGAAGACCCGGGGGUGGGGGGGCCGUUCAAUGGGAGGCAACACGAACCCUUCAAAAACAUCCACUACCUCAAAUCCUACAAAGUCAGCAUCGACGGCGCCGUCUCGCCCGACAAGUACUACACGCAUGCGUCGCGCCAGCCCGUCAUAAUCGGCGCGCGCUUCGUCAAGCCGGACGGCAGCCUAUUCCGCGGCGCCGAGCUCUACGUGUUUGCGCUGCUGGUGUCGGACACGGGCCGCCGCGUGGCUGUCGAGCUGCGCGACGACGGGUAUGGCAGCCUAGCGAGUUUCCUGGACGAUGACAGGGAGCAGAAACCCAAGGCAGGAACAGGCACUUCUGGUGGAUGCCGGUUGAUGUCGUCGCGCCUGUGA